GUGUAGGCAUGGUUGUACCAGAAGCUAGCUAACAAAUUCUCAAAUGCGAUAGUUUAUAAAUAGAUAUAGGUAGAUUUUAUUUUUGGCUAAAUAUGACAACGAAAGACACUGGAGUCACGGAGCACUCUUUAAUUAAUUUGAUUUAUCAACAUUUAAAGGAUAAUGGACACCAGAAAGCCGCCAACGUACUCAAAAAGCAUUCCCCUCAGGUAGAAGUUACAAGUGGGAAAACAUCUCUAAAUGACAUAUUCGUGAAAUGGGUGAGCAAUAAAAGAGAAAAGAAGAGUGGUGGAGCUGUCCUGGAAGCAAAAGCAUCUAAACCAAAAGUAGCCAGGAAGACCGCGUACAGUAGUAGAUCCAACAAGAAUGACAAAUCGGAGCCAAGGAAGAGAUCUGGAAAAAAAGAGAAAUUGUCCAGUUUGGCUGAAGCUCCAACAGAAGCUAUUCCAGAUCUUGCCUCCAUAAGUCUAACAACAGGAGAUGAUUCUGACUCAGAUUCCAGUCUUGAUGUGGAGAAAUGGAAGAGACUAGCUUUACAGCUAUCAGAUGCUGACAUAGGAAAAAUGGAUAUCUCCGUGACUACUGCCUCUACUCGAGAGAGGUCCACCAAAAAACGAAAGCCAGCACAGACUAAAAAUGACGGUAGCCAGAAUACGAAGGCCAGGAAAACUGUCAUUAGUCCUUCAAAAAAAGACAAAACUGGGACCCUUUUAAAACCAAGUGACAAGAAAAAUACCAGAACCAUUGAAAAAAGAAAAAAAACAACUCCAUCCAAGAAGUUAAAAGACCAAGGUAACUUUUUAGAAUUUAUAAAGCUUGGGGCACCUGAAACUAAAUUUGCUGAAGGUCUUUCAGUACAGACUGUCACCCCUAAAAGAGACAAAGCCAGUGGCCACUUAGAGACUGACAGCAUUAAGAUUACAACUAAGAAGGUUAAACACAAAAAAACACAGACAUAUUCAGAAUCCAGUAACACUGAAACUCCAACCCAAACUGCAGAGAAUCAGAAAUCAGAUGAACUUGCAGAACCUGAACAGGUAAAUACCCCCAGUAAGAAUGCUAAAUCUAAAAAAGCUGUUAAAGUCGCAAAGCCUAUGGAAACCUCUUCUAGAGUGUCUGACACCAAUAUUGCAAACUCUGAUCAGUCAAAAACAAAUUCCUCUAAGAAAGAUAAACCUAAGAAAUCUGUAAAGCAUGAAGACCUUUUAAGCACAGACAUCCUUUCAGAAGGAAUUGACAGUGAGAUUGCUCAUAUCUACGCAUUAGCCAAGAAGUCCAAAAAAACAAAUCUUUUGAAUGGUCACUUAAAUACUAAGUCAGCUGAAACGCCCUCUAAGAAAUCAAAGAAAUUGAAGAAAUCUCUUAAAUUUACAGAAUCUCCAGAUUUGAAGACAGUUUCAAAGGUAAAUGAAACGGAGAUUGACAGCAGUCUCUUAACAUCUGAUCAGUUGGAGGCUACAUCAAAAAUCUCUAAGCCUAUAAAAUCUUCACAACUUAUGACUCCCCCUAUGUCUAACAUUUGUGCACAACUUAAGAGUCCUUCUAAAAAACCUAAACCUAAGAAAGUUAGGGCACCUCUUGAACCUGAAGAUGUGAAUCCCUCUUCUGAAGAAGAUCAAACUGAUGUUGCCAGUAUGCACUUAACACCUGAUCAGUUAGAGACUCCGUUAAAAAAGGCAAUGCCUAAGGAAAUUAAGAGUGUUGUGGAGCCUGACACAGUUGAGAGACCCUUUAAGAAAGCCAAAGGUAAAAAAACAGACACCACCUCUGAGCUCACAGGGGUUGAAACUCAAAUAAUGGAAGACCAUACAGCUGAUGCCAUCUCAAAAGCCAUACACUCCAAGCCCCCUUCUAAAAAGGCCAAGCACCACAAAGAUAAUAGCUUUUCAGAAUCUGUCAUCUCAGAGACACCAUCUAAAAAGUCUAAAACUAAGAAAGCUACAAAGCUUGAUCAUGUUCAGUCGCCCUCUAAAAACAGUAGUUUGGAUGUUGGGGGAGAAGACGACUCAAAAAUGUCACAUUCAAAAUCUGAUAAUAAAAAGAGUACUUCAAACACACACAAUUGUGAGAUCUCUGACAACAGAGGAAAAAAAGAGACUGGACUAGAGGACACCUAUUGCCCCCAAACCCAAAUUAAGGAUGUAAAAAAGAAAAGGCAAAAUAAAGAUGAAGAAAAUACCAAGGCUUCAGAACUGGAAGAGGGUCCUAGAGAGCCCAAGAAGAGAAAGACAGACAAAGAGAAGAAAAAAGAGACUGAGGGAAGAAUAGCUGAAGACGUAUUGCCACCAUCAGAGGAGUUUGCAGAUUACCUGGCAAGCACUCCAAACAAAAAAAAGAGGGAAAAAAAGAAAUACAGUGAUGAGGAACAACCACUCAUGUCUGUCCCAGCUCAUGAGGAAGAAACUCCAAAUAAGAAAAAGAAAUCUUCGAAAGCCAAGAAAUGUUAGUGAUGUGGAACAAUGGAGGCUACUUGAAGUCUCAUCUGUCUAGACUCAGAUGUUCUGGAACGUGGACCUUAACAUAACUUCACAGAGAAACAUUUAUAUGCCAUUUUAUAUAAUGUGUAUGUCUGAGAGAGAGAAUGUGUUUUUAACUUGCACAUGUUUAGUGUUUUUUUUUUUAUUUCUAUAUCUAACAUGAUGUACAUACUGCUCUUUUAUAUGUGUGGAUUGACUGAUUUUCAUUCAUGUCUUUAUUGAGCUUAUCUGUUUCUUAUGAACAAAGAAUGACAUUGUAUUUUACAAAAUAUCUGCAUUUCUAAUACAGAAAUUCUAAUGAAAUACAUUUUUA